AUGUCACAUCAUACUUCAUCAUCUUCAUUGAAUAAUCACAAUCAUAAUGAAACACAACAAUCAACAUUGAAAUCACCAAGAUCACUACAUCAACACCACUUAAAUAAUUUAACACCAACAAUAACAUCAGAUCCAAAUGAAGUUAUACAAAUAAUAUCAGAUCAAGAAAAAAAAAAUUAUAGAUUAGGAAUUAUAUUAUUAAUCAUAUCCAUAGGUUCAUGGAUAUGUGGAUUAGAAUUAGUUAAUGGAGUAUUAAAAGGUAAUGAAUACAAGAAACCAGUAUUAUUUGCUAUAAUUACCGGUUCUUGUUUUAUGAUUAAUUUUAUACCUGAUUUAUUUUUAAUUUUUAAAAGAAAGAAGUUUAAAAAGAAAGAAACUCAACCAUUAUUAAUUAGUCCUCAUGAAAAUUUAGAAAAAUUAAUGGAUGAAAUUGAACCAAUGAAAUGGAAAGAAAUCUUGGUUUUAGCUUUUCAAAUUUCAAUUAUUUAUCUUUUAUAUAAUAUAUUUGUAAUGGAAGCAUUACAAUUUACAUCAGCAUCAAAUCAAACAGUAAUUGGAUCAACUACUUCUGUUUUUACAUUAAUAAUUGGUAUAUUAUUGAAAACUGAAAAAUUUUCUAUAAAAAAGGCCGUUUGUGUUAUUGUUAGUUGUUUAGGUGUUUCAUUAGUUAAUUUAAGUUCAACUUCUUCAAAUAAAGACAGUGAUUAUAAAUAUGAACCAAAAAAUCCAAAAUUAGGUAAUCUUUUAGCAUUAGUUGGUGCUUUAUUAUAUGCUUUUUAUUUAUUAAUUAUGAGAUUAAAAUGUGGGAAUGGUAAUAAAACAACUAAUGAAAGAAGAUUAUUUGGUUAUGUGGGUAUUAUUACUUUUAUAAUGGGAAUACCAAUUUUAUAUAUUGUUGAUAUAUUGGGUAUUGAGAAAUUUGAUUUCCCACCACCAAAUAUUACUAUUUUAGAAAGUAUAUUGAUAAAUGGAAUUUUUUCAGUUAUAUCUGAUUUUACAUCGAUUUUAGCAAUGUUAUUAACUAGUCCAUUAGUUGUUUCAUUAACUUUAACAAGUUCAAUUCCAAUUACAAUUUUUAUUGAUUAUAUGGUAUUAAUUUAUAAUCAUGAACCUAUACAUACAAAUUUUAUAUAUAUAUUAGGAAUUCUUUGCAUAGUUGUGGCAGUGUUAUUAGUCAAUAUAAACAUAACAUCAGAAAAUGAAUUAAUUGAAGAAGUAAUUGAAGAUGCAUUAGAAAAUGCAAUAAAUAAUGAUGAAAUAAUGUCACCAAUUUUAACACCUUACUUGCUAAAUAACAACCUAAAUAAUUUAAAUGAUGGGUCCACAUCAGUUAGAACAAAUCCUCAACUGAUAAGAUCACCAAUUUCAAUAUUUUUUUCACCUACACCAAAAUUACAAUCAUCAAAUACUUUAUAUAAAUCAACAUCAAAUUUAAAAAUUCCUUCGAAAAUAACUGAUUUUAAUUUAAAUGAAAAUGAUGAAAGUCCUCCUACUCAUAAUUUAAAUCAUCAUCCUUCAUUGUAUAAAAUUUCAAAUGAAGAAAGUAAUGGAAGUAGUUCUAGAAAUAAUAGUGAGUCAAAUUUAACCAACAAAAAAAAUCUUAUUGUUUCUGGUGGUCAACAUCAUAAAUAUUAUAUACAUCAUGAAGAAUAA